AUGAGGACGUUGAUGCUAGUCAGUGAAUGGAAUGCUCUUCAUCGAGUAGAAUGGGAGCAUCCAGAAAUAGCUGAAUCUUUUUGGGUUGAAGUGUCCGAAAACAAAAAUGCCUUGGAUGAAAAUCGGUUUGAAAGGAUAUCUAAAUUAGCACUAGCUCUUCUUUCGCUACCAUUUUCCAAUGCUGCUGUGGAAAGAGCAUUUUCACUUGCAAAUUUUAUUAAAAAGAAGUUGCCAAACCGACUAGCAAUUAGUAGUGCAGAUUCCAUAAUUAGACUGCGGUUCCAUCUUAUGAACAAUGGUUGUAUCAGUUUUGUGCUAAGUGAAAAUAUAUUAAACAAAUUUAAUGCUAAUAUGUAUAAUACUAAUAAGGAAAAUCGAGAAGAAAAUGAAGCUAUAUUGAAUAUAUUUGCCGAAAUUAAUAAUUAA